CCCGCCCCGCCCGCCCCGCUCCUGGGCACGCACCGGGCCCGUGAGCAUCGCCAUGCGCGUCCCGGUGGCGGGGCGUGCGUGUAUCAGCCGUGGGUGCAUGAACACGCCGGGGUGUGGGUGCAUCAGCCGGGGGUGCACGGACACGGCGGGGUGCGGGUGCACGGACACACCGGGGUGUGGAUGAUCGCUCACGGGAACAGAGACACGACGGGAUACUGACACAUCGGGGUGUGGGUGCAUCACCCGUGGGCGCGGUCACGCCCCCGGACACACUCCCCGGGCGGGGUGGAUGCGUGGCCCGGGCAGGAUGUCCGUGCCUUGGCCCGGGGUGUGCGGUUCACGGGGUUCACGGAUGUGCGAUCCGGGCUGAGCUGCGCGCCUUGCCCCUCCCUGCGGCGGGCGCGGGGCGUGCUGCGGGCUCGGGGCGCUGCGAGCCCGGGCGGGCGUGUCCGGCUUCUGGGCAGGCUGGAGAGCUCGUGGGGUGCUGUCCUCCAGGUGAAGUGUCACAGGCCGUGCUGGCCGUGUCACAGCCCGCGGCAGCACCCUCUCUCUCCUGCGGCUGGGCAUGGCCGGGCAGGCUGUAGGGUGGGAGCCGGCGGUGCGCUCCCGCUCCCUGCCAUCAGCAGGGAGCACUGUUCAGUCGCUGUUCGCCUUGCUGGGGCCAUUUCUCCGGACACAAAGCCCUGGGAAGUUCCUGUUUCGCUCCUGAGCGCCGCGUCCUGCUGGUUCCUGUGGUUCAGUAGCCGCCUCUUGGGUGAUGCGCGGCCGGCUCUAAGCACAUAGACCCCGCUUAGACGCUGGGAGCCCCUUCCCAUCGCUGGCAUUGCCUGAGCUGCGCCGGCAGCGGCUGGAGAGGCAGCGCCCAGCCCACCUGCGGGGCUGUCUCUGUUCUGGUGCCUUCCUGUGUGCUGGGGAGCGCUGUGCUGCGUGGCAGGGCUCUGUGAGGUGUACAGGGCUUCAGGAGAUGCUUGCUGUUGGCAGGCAGGUUUGCAAGGCUUGGGUAGCCGAGCAAAGCCCUGAAGCCCCAGGAUGCUAUCUCUGCUGUCCCUCUUGGGAGGAGUGUCCUCUCAUCCCUGGGGGUGAACCUGGUCUCGUUCUUGAUGCUGAAUCCGAAAACCCCACAAGCUCCUCCCUCUCCUGAGGAACUGCCACUGAAUGCAAUCCAGCAAAUCCAUCUCCUCUCCAAAACGUUUGUUUCUGUCUGGAACUGCCCCAGCAAAGCUGGAAGUGGCCCAUGGCCUGAGCCUGCACAGUGCAGGACCUCUGGGGUUCUGCUGGAGUGCCAUGACGGAGGCAGCCAGUUCGUGCCACUGCUCUUCCUGCUUCUCACUCACAUUUCACAGGGCUGUGACCCCCGUGGGCUCACAUCUCCCCGAGCCCUGCACUGGGGCGGGCAGCAACCCGAACCUGGCGGCUGGGGUUUCAGAGCCUGGGCAGGGCAGCUGUGCUCCUGGGCUCACCUCCUCAUCUGUGCUAUGCCCUAGCAGAGCUAUUCCCAGGGCAGACAGGCUCCUCUCUGCAAGCUGAGAGGAUGCAAGGGCUCUGGGCAAGCCGAGCUGCUCUCCCUGCCCAGCAGCUCUCUGUGCCUCUCCCUGCCAGCUCUUGUCCUGCUGUGCCGGAGGCUGUUGCCAUGACCCUCACCAAAGGCUCCUUCACCUACUCCAACGGGGAGGAGUACCGCGGCGAGUGGAAAGAAGGUCGCAGGCACGGCAUCGGACAGCUGACAUUUGCGGAUGGCACUGCUUACGUGGGGCACUUUGAGAACGGGCUCUUCCACGGCUGUGGUGUGCUCACCUUCUCCGAUGGCUCCAGGUACGAGGGGGAGUUUGUGCAGGGCAAGUUCAAUGGCGUUGGAGUCUUCACCCGCUGUGACAACAUGACCUUUGAGGGCGAGUUCAAAGGCGGGCGCGUGUACGGCUUCGGUCUCCUGACCUUCCCUGAUGGCUCACACGGCAUGCCCCGCAAUGAGGGCUUCUUUGAGAACAACAAGCUGCUGCGGCGGGAGAAGUGCACGGCCAUCAUCCAGAGGGCCCAGGGCGCCUCCAAGUCUGCCCACAGCCUGACAGCGUGAUGGUGCUCGCAUGCCCUCCCACCAGAGCAGGGACCCCCCCUACUUGGGCGCUGGCUGGCCCUGGAGAAGGGAUGUGGCACUGCUGGGUGCCUCCCUGCCCUUUAUCCCCUCCAAGCAUCCUCCUGCCAAGCCCUGCCGCUGGAGGGGAUGGGACACUCCGCUCUCCACCCAAGUGCCCUGGGGCAGCCGUGGUGCCUUCUCUGUCUGGCUGUAGUCCUGGCACCUGCUGGAGCAGCAGAAGGACAGGGUGACAGGGGUUUGGCCCCUCUUCCCCCUAGGAAGACUGUGGACCACUACAGCUGCUAGCCAGCUGCAGAGGAUGGAGCAGAGGGGUAGAGGCUGGUCCCUGACCCCACUGCCAGGGUGCCUUGGCUGGAAGCUGCUGACUGAACCACGUACCCCCAGAGGGGCAACUCCUGGCUCACUUUGUUGCCCUGGUCCUGGAGGCAGGGUGGGCACCCCGGGCAGGUUGUGGCCUGCACCCUCAGCUCUGGGUGACUGGCCAUCCCUCAGCAUGCCCAGGGUAUGGUGACAUUGUGUCCCCAAGGAACCCAGCCUGCUCUCAGGGCCAGCCAAUGGGCUGCGUUUCCCUCAUCCCUGUGCCAAUCCACCCUUCCACCCACUGCCUUGGGGACAUCAGCAGCAGCAUCCCCACCAAGAGCAACUGGGGAAUGCCCAGCCUGGCACGGGUCUGCUGCAUGCUGGUGGAGGAUGGUAGCAAUGGUGAGCAAGAAGGGUCAGCUGGAGCCUGGCAUGAGGGACAUGAGCAGGGCUGCAUGGAGUGCCAGGGCUGGAGCAGGAGGCCUGGGCAGAGCGGGGAUAGAGGUACAGCGAAGGGGCAGGCAGGGGGCACACAGUUCCCCAUUUCGCCCCCCACAAGCGUCCUUCACCUCCCCACUGCAUGCUCACCUUGGCCCCCGGUGCGGUCUGGCUGGCUGUGGCACAGGGGUCCCGGCAGCCCUCACUGCCCAGUGCAGGCUCCAGGGGCCAUGCCCUCCCUGCCAGUCCCUGCCCGCACCGGGUCCCGUGCCUUGCUGUGACCCUGCCUUGUGCUGCUGCCUGCACGGGCCUCAGCUGAGUAAACCAUGUUGCCAAA